UUCAAAUAAUGAGGGAAACAAACAUUAAAAUGGAUACUUAGCAAUCAAGGCAGUUUGGUUCACAAAUGAGUAAAAGUCUCCUCUGAAUUGGUCCAAGUUAUGACAAAGCAAUGUGGGCAUCCAGGAAACUCAGUUCAUCCAGGUCUAAACUUUGUGGGAACAAUAUAUGCAAGCUUAAAUCCCAUCCAAGACUACAUUUUUUUUUUGCCAAGUUUAUGCCCUCCCCAAAUGGAGAUUCCAAAAGUCUUAAAUAUCCUUUUAAUGAUAAAAAUGAUGGUAAUAGCUUUAACUACCAUCUCCACAUCCCCUGUAGCUGGCCAGAACACCAGUGCUGUGAAGGUUGCUGUUGGUGUUAUUCUUGAUAGAGACACCAUAUCUGGAAAGAUGAGAGCUGCUUGUACAUCGUUAGCUCUAGCUGAUAUCUAUGCCAACCGCAAUCACAUUACCAGAAUUGUCCCUCACUUCAGAGAUUCCGCAUUGGAUGAUGUUGGUGCAGCAUCUGCUGCCAUAGACCUGCUGAAGAAUUUUGAAGUACAAGCCAUCCUAGGCCCUCAAGGAUCCACACAAGCAGAUUUUAUAACAGACAUAGGGAAGAAAGUGAGAGUACCCAUCAUUUCAUCAGCCACGAGUCCCUCUCUUUCAGCCAGCCAAAACCCAUACUUCAUCAGAGCAGCUUACUGCUCCUGUGCGCAAGCUAAAGCCAUUGCAGCAAUUGUUAAGGCCUUUGGUUGGAGGGAAGUCGUUUUUAUCUACGAAAACAGCAACUUUGGCAGUGGGAUCCUUCCCCAUCUGACUGAUGCCAUGAUGGAUAUCAGUGUUUCAGUAGCUGAUAGAAGCAUACUUUCUCCAUCAGCAAAUGAUGACCAGAUCAUGGAGGAGCUAAAAAAGUUAAAGUCUAAGCAGACACGUGUCUUCAUAGUCCAUUUGCAUCCAACUUUUGCUCCUCGGUUUUUUGUUAAAGUGAAAGAAGCUGGAAUGAUGAGUACUGGAUAUGUAUGGAUAAUCACGGAUGAAUUCACUAGUCUUCUGGUUUCAAUGAAACCUUCUGUUCUUGACACACUGCAGGGGGUUAUAGGAGUGAAGCCUUACGUCCCAAGUUCAGCUAGGCUGAAUAACUUCACCAUGAGAUGGAAAUCAAAGGAAUUCCGUCGACAAAAUCCAGACUUGGAUGGAAUAGAGCUCAAUGUAUUUGGGCUAUGGGCAUAUGACAGCGCCGUGGCUUUAGCCAUGGCACUUGAGAAAGUAGGCACUACAAGUCUAAAAUUCAACGGAACUCUCAAUAAAAAGGAUAAUCUAACAGAUCUGGAUGCAAUUGGUACUUCACGUCUGGGGCCUUUGCUACUCAAAUCAAUGAGAAACAUCAAAUUCAGAGGACUGACUGGUGAUUUCCACAUAGUUGAUGGAGAAUUACAACCAUCUGCAUUUGAGAUUAUGAAUGUGGUAGGCAGAGAGAAAGGGAUCGGGUUCUGGACAGAGAAGUAUGGGAUUUCCAAUCAACCAAACCCGAACACUACAACUCUUUACUCUGCUAAGCAAGAUGAUCUCGGUUCAAUCUUAUGGCCAGGUCAGUCUACUGCUGUUCCUAAAGGCUGGGAGAUUCCUACAGGUGAAUCAAAGUUGAGGGUAGGAGUUCCUGUUAAAGGAGGACUAGAGCAAUUUGUGAAGGUUACAAUUGAUCCCCAGACAAAAGCUGUAAAAGCAUCUGGUUUCUGUGUAGAAGUUUUUGAAGAAGUCAUGAGGUCUAUGCCUUAUUCUGUACCAGUGAAGUAUAUACCAUUCCCAAUCCCUCUAGGUGAAAACCUUCCAAAUUACGAUGACUUCGUUGAUCAGAUCUUUUCCGGGAAACUUGAUGCAGUAGUUGGUGAUGUCACAAUUUUAGCGAAGCGGUCCAAACAUGUGGACUUCAGCUUACCAUUUACAGAGUCUGGGGUCACCACAGUCGUCCCAGUCAAGCAAGGUGACAAGAAGAAUCGAUGGAUUUUCUUGAAACCUGUGAAGAAAGAGCUUUGGGUGACGACGGCAAUGUCUUUUGUCUUCAUCGGCACCGCUAUUUGGGUACUUGAACACCAAGUAAACAAAGAGUUCCAAGGUCCACGCUACAAGCAAGUUGGAAUGAUCUUCUGGUUCUCCUUCUCAACGCUUGUUUUUGCACACAAGGAAAGGGUAAUAAGCAAUUUAUCAAAAUUCGUGAUCAUAGUAUGGGUGUUUGUUGUUCUUGUCCUGACAUCCAGCUACACAGCAAGCUUAACAUCUAUGUUAACAGUACAACAGUUGCAGCCCACUGUCACUGAUCUCAAUGAUCUGAUCAAGAAUGGGGAGUAUGUGGGAGUCCAAGAUGGUUCCUAUGUUGCUGGGAUGUUAUAUAACAUGAAGUUCGAGAGAACGAAAAUUAGGAAUUACAGCACUUUAGAAGAGUAUGAUGAAGCACUUACAAAAGGAAGUAGAAAUGGUGGAGUUGCUGCUAUUGUGGAUGAGCUACCCUUUAUCAGGUUAUUCCUUGCAAAGUAUUGUGGGAAGUACACUAUAAUUGGUCCAACCUACAAGACUGCUGGAUUUGGAUUUGCAUUUUCGAGGGGAUCCCCAUUAGUGCCUGAUGUCUCAAGAGCACUGUUAGGUGUGACAGAGAGUGAGACUAUGAUGAGAAUAACGGAUAAAUUGUUUGGGAAAGGAACAGAAUGCUCACAGCGAGAUGGAAACUUGGCUGCUUCUGAUAGCUUGGCACUGGACAGUUUUAUAGGCCUUUUCACUAUUGCUGGUGUGUCUGCUUUAUCAGCUCUUCUCAUAUUCUUCUGCUCCUUCUUAUAUCAGAGCAAGGAUAUCUUAAAAUCCGACUUCUCAAUCCAACAGAAGUUUUCUGCAUUAGCAAAAGCUUUCUAUGAAGAAAAGGAGAAACCAUCAAAGGAGUCUCAAAAUCCAGAUGAAGGCAAUGCACAGAAAAUGCAAGAAUUUCAUCCACAAACUCCAGAAACCGAAAAUGCAUGUUCUCCCAAUCAAAACAUCUUCACUAGUGAAGAGGGAUUCACUACAACAGAGCCGGGAAGUCCAGUAAAUGACAGCUCCAUAACUGAGGGGUCUGCAGAAGGAUGAUGCACCAAACUGUAAAUUAGGUAAAAUUUCUUACAUUGUAAAGUUAGCUGAACAGAAAGGCUAGAAGAGAUCGGAAUUCCUGUCAAUUGUUUCAUACUUUU